UGGCGUGUCCGGGGCCUGGGUUCAGGUGCUGCGGGAGGUGCCUGGGUCCGCCUUAGACUGAUGCUGGCUUUCUUGGAGCGCGGCGGUGGAAGGUGCUGGAGGACAAAAGCUGGAAAAGGAGAACCAGAUGUGCAGGAAAAGAAGGCUGUCGCCACUGGGGUCCUCGUAGGGCCGGUCUCGACGGCAGAUGCAUCCCAGGAUGAAUGAAAUGAGUCUGAGCCCUGUGGGGAUGGAACAGCUGGCAGCUUCUUCUGUGAGCAAUGCCCUAGCUGUCGCAGGAAAUCACAUAGCUUUGACCUCUUCACCCACCCAUAAUGCUAUACCAGCACCAGGAUUACCAGUUGCAAUUCCAAAUUUGGGGCCCUCAUUACCAUCUGCUUUGUCUCUGAUGCUUCCAAUGGGCAUUGGAGAUCGAGGAGUGAUGUGUGGUAUACCAGAGAGAAAUUAUACCCUACCUCCACCACCUUACCCUCAUCUAGAAAGCAGCUACUUUAGACACAUUCUACCUGGUCUCAUAUCUUACUUAGCUGACAGACCUCCACCUCAAUGUAUUCACCCCAACAAUAUCAAUGUUGAUAGUAACUCAGCUUUAUCUGUCUCCAAUAAUCCUUCAGACUUAGAUCCCUACCAGCCCAAUGGAUCUGUGGGUCUUGAAGCAGGCAUUGUCUCCAUGGAUUCUCGUUCAGUGAAUGCACAUAACACUCAAAGUUUGCAUCCCAGUGAUGGCCACGAUGUAGCUCUGGAUACAACAAUCACCAUAGAAAGUGUUUCAAGAGUUACCAGUCCAAUCUCUAGCGACAGAAUGGCUGAAGAACUUAGGAUGAGUGAUGUAGGUGGAGAUCAUUCACAGAUUGCAAAUGGCAGCCGUAAUCAUGAGCCUCUAGCAGUGGAUGGCAGUUUAGCCUCAGAAACUGUAGGGCAUAAUGGUGUCAUCCCUAUCCAUGGUAACAGUUUGGAACUUCCUGUUGUUAUGGAGACUGACCACAUUUCAGGCCGUGUCAAUGGGAUGCCUGACCGAACACUUGGGGAUUCUAUUCAUACAGUGGCCAUGAGCAGCAAUUCUGUCAGUGUUGCGCUUUCUACCUCACAUAAUCUCACUUCCCUGGAAUCUGUCUCAUUACACGAAGUGGGUCUCAGCUUGGAGCCUGUAACAGUAUCCUCCAUUAACCAGGAAGUAGGCAUGGGACAAAAUCAUGUGGAUGUCUCCUCAGACAAUCUUGCUUUUGUGCCAUCAUCAUUGCAAAUGGAAGAUUCCAAUUCCAAUAAGGAGAAUAUGGCUACAUUGUUUACAAUAUGGUGCACCCUGUGUGACAAGGCUUACCCAUCAGAUUGCCCAGAUCAUGGGCCAGUGACUUUUGUUUCUGACACUCCAAUAGAGAGCAGGGCCAGACUUUCUCUCCCAAAACAGCUUAAUAUCCGCCAUGCUGUCAUGGGACCUGAAGAUGGUGGGCAGUAUUGUCAAUUAUCAACUUGUCUUGGAUCUCCUUCUUUAGGUGUGUGGGCUCGGGAAACUAUUCCUGUCCGUACCUGCUUUGGACCACUCAUUGGUCAACAGAGUCACUCAGUAGAAGUAGCUGACUGGACAGAUAAAGCAGCUAAUCACAUUUGGAAGAUGUAUCACAAUAAUGUUCUGGAAUUCUACAUCAUCACAACAGAUGAAAAUGAAUGUAACUGGAUGAUGUUUGUGCGGAAGGCCAGGAACCGGGAAGAACAGAAUCUGGUAGCCUACCCUCAUGAUGGAAAGAUUUACUUCUGCACUUCACGUGACAUCCCUCCAGACCAUGAGCUCCUUUUUUACUAUAGUCGUGACUAUGCCCGGCAGAUUGGUGUUCCUGAGCAUCCUGAUGUGCACACUUGUCACUGCGGAAAAGAAUGUGCCUCCUAUGCAGAGUUUAAGGUCCAUCUGAGUAGUCAUCUCCACAGCCACUUCCCCAGUCAAGAACACAGCAGUACCCACGGAUCAGGACACAGUAAGGAAAGGAAAUGGAAAUGCUCUAUGUGCCCUCAAGCUUUUAUAUCACCUUCUAAGCUUCAUGUUCACUUCAUGGGACAUAUAGGCAUGAAGCCACACAAGUGUGAUUUCUGUAGCAAGGCCUUUAGUGACCCCAGCAAUCUGCGUACUCAUCUUAAAAUCCAUACAGGUCAAAAAAACUAUCGCUGUGCACUCUGUGAAAAAUCUUUUACUCAGAAGGCACACCUAGAAACACAUAUGGUUAUCCACACUGGAGAAAAAAAUCUGAAAUGUGAUUAUUGCGAUAAACUAUUUAUGCGGCGUCAAGAUCUCAAGCAGCAUGUGCUCACCCAUACACAAGAGCGUCAAAUCAAAUGUCCACAAUGUGAGAAGCUAUUUUUAAGGACAAAUCACCUAAAGAAACAUUUAAACUCUCACGAAGGAAAAAGGGAUUAUGUGUGUGAAAAGUGCUCCAAGGCUUACUUAACAAAAUACCACCUUACUCGCCAUCUAAAAAUUUGUAAAGGACCAACCUCUAGUCUCUCAGCCCAAGAAGAAGAGGAGGAAGGUUCUUCGGAGGAGGAAGAAUUGAUAAAUUCUACAACAAAUGAAAAUUGCCAACUCGGAACCACCAUGUAUGUGACGGCUGAUACACUUUCUUGUCAUAAAUAAAACAAUUUCUAAAAUUAUUGUUUAUUUAAACUUCCACUCAUUGGCCAUAUUCUCAUCUAUAAUGAAAACGGCUUAUCUGUUUUCAGAGUGAUUGCCAAGAACAUUAAAAUA